AUACCACACUGCUAAUUCAUAGGGCAUAAAUUAUGGCCAUGACCAAGUCAAAAGGAGUAAAGCAGCCGAAUAAGCAGCACAAGUUCAACAAAAAACCUAGAGAAGAAGAUAACCAGAAAACCGAGCCAGCAGUCCAAAAUGGAAAAAGUAACGAAAACGAUCUGUUGAAAGAGAUCAUCACCUUGGGCGGUUCCAAAGACGAUCUCAAACUUAUCGAAAGUAUUGAUGACAACGACUCUGAAGAAUUAGUAGAGGAUUCAGAAGCUCCUCAGGCUGGAUUUGUCAAAGAACUCCAAAACUUUAUGAAAGGCAUGGAUUUCGGCAAAUUUAAUGAAGACUCUGAGUAUGUUACUGUCGAAGAAGAGGAAGAGGAGGAAGAAGACGAGGAGGAUGAGGAAUUCGACGAUGCAGAUCAAGUCGAUGACGAAGAAGGCGACGAAGAAGAUGUGUCAGAACAUAAGCCAAAAGCCGGCAAGCUGCUCAUUGAACCAGUACCACAUUGGCACGCAAUCCAACUACCACCAUUGAAGGGUACACCACUUCCUUCCGUUCCAAUGUCCGAUACCCAGGUUUCGGCCAAGUACCAGCAUGCUAGAGAGUUACUGGACAAAGAAAAUUCAGCUGCAGAAUCACACCCUUCAUUAUCCAGCUCAGAUCGAUCCUUCUUGUCCGAUAUUCUAAAGUCUGGUACUCUUAACGAUAAAGUAUCUGCUUUGACGCUUCUCGUCCAAGAAUCACCUAUCCACGGUCUCCGCACUAUGGAUACACUUAUGGGCAUGAGCAAAAAGAAGAGCAGAAAAGAAGCUGUUCAGGCCAUCACAAGUUUGAAGGAUUUGUUCAUUGGUAGUGUUCUUCCUGAUCGCAAAUUGAUCUACUUCCGAGAUCGACCUUUGUGGGACAAGGGUAUCAAAGAUGAACAUUUGAUUGUAUGGGCAUAUGAAGACUUUUUGAAGAAGUACUACUUUGAGUUCUUACAAACUGUCGAGGCGUUGUCCCACGAUACCCUUUUGCAUGUCCGUCACAACAUGGUUACCUGCAUGCAUGAUCUUCUGGCUGGAAAACCAGAGCAGGAACAGAAUUUGCUCAAGUUGUUGGUCAAUAAGUUGGGAGACUCAGAAAACAAAGUAGCCGCUAAGGUAUCGCAUUUGAUCAUUCAACUCUUCCAAGAACACCCAGCUAUGAAGAUCUUUGUUAUCCGAGAAAUUGAGCAGCUAUUGUUGCGACCCAACAUUUCUGAAAGAGCUCAAUAUUACGCUGUCGUCACUGUCAAUCAAACCAUUUUGACUUCCAAGGACGAAGAAGUUGCUAAUAAGCUCGUUGAUAUUUACUUUGUAUUUUUCCGCCGCCUACUCAAGGUCAGCGAAAAGCUAGACAAGGAAGAGAAAUCUGGUUUGGACGAAGAAGAGCCAAAGCAGAACGGCAAAAAAGACAGCAAAAAGGACGACAAAAAGGGCGGCGGCAAAAAGGGUAAAGGAGGAAAGGGCAAAAAGGAAGAGGAACCAGUUGAAGAUGACAACUCCAAACUGGUAGGCGCUUGUCUCACUGGUAUCAACCGAGCCUUCCCCUACUCCAAACUAGACGACAAAGUAUUUGAAAGCAACAUGGACAUCCUGUUCCGCAUUACCCACACAAGUACUUUCAACACUUCCAUUCAAGCUCUCAUGCUCAUUUUCCAAGUGUGCACGGCCAAGGAAUUUGUCAACGACCGUUUCUAUCGUACCUUAUACGAAUCGCUUCUGGAUCCUCGCUUGGUGACUAGUUCCAAGCAAGCCAUGUACAUGAACUUAUUGUACAAAGCACUCCGAGCUGACGAUGACUUAAAGCGCGUCAAAGCUUUUGUCAAGCGUAUUGUUCAAGUUGCGGCUUAUCAUCAGCCCACCUUUAUCUGCGGUAUAUUUUACCUUAUAGACAAGCUCGCCACAGCGAAACCAGGUUUGCGGGGCCUAAUCACUCAACCUGAAGAAGAUGACGACGAGGAACAUUUUGAAGAUGCGCCCGACAGCGAUGAUGAAGAUGCCAACAAGAAACCCAAAGCCGCAGCAGCAAGUGCUUCCAGCCAUGGUACUAAAUAUGAUGGACGUAAACGAGACCCUCGUUUUGCCAAUGCUGACAAAACCUGUUUGUGGGAACUGAUACGUUUCACACGCCACUAUCACCCAUCUGUUUGUAAAUUUGCUGAAACCAUGUUGAAGGGGGAAUCCAUCCAAAGUGCUCCCGAUCUCCGCCUCCAUACAUUGAUGCAUUUCUUAGAUAGAUUUGUGUACCGCAAUGCAAAGAAGAAGGCAGGAACCAAGGGCAGCUCCAUUAUGCAACCUAUAGCCGACCAAACGGGACCCGAUGUCGCUGUAUCAUUGCAACGUGGUGCCGGUGGACUUAACCAGGUCACUGUCAAUUCUGAAGAAUUCUGGAGAAGAAAGGUCGAAGAUGUCCCUGUCGAUGAACUUUUCUUCCACAAGUACUUCAAUCAAAAAAUGGCAGGUGUUUCCACCAAGGCCAAUAAGAAAAAUAAGAAGGCAGCCACUGAAGAAGAGAGUGAUCACGAAGAAGAUGAAGUAUGGAGAGCCAUGGUCAACUCUAUGCCUGGUGAAGGACCUGGCGAUGAUGAAGAUGAAGAUAUUGAUGAAGACGAUAGCGAAGAUGACGAAGAAAUGCAAGCUUUAUUAAUGGAUAGUGAAGACGAUGAGAUUGAUGAUGAUGAAGAAGGUAGCCAAGUGGAUCUUGGGGAUCAAGAUUUCUAUCUCAUCCUCAUCUUAUCGGUUUAACUACCAUAAUACAACAGUUUUCGCAUUUUGUACCAUAACACAAAUCAACCCUAAAAAGAAAAACCCAGUUCUAACAAUGCCUCGUU